AUGGAUACCUUCGGCCUGAUCAUCAACUAUACCUAUUCACAAAGGCUAUCUAUCUGUUAUUUCAUUACGAAUGUGUUUUAUCAAAAAUGGCCUUACUUAAACGAGCUAUAUUUGAGACGUGUACAAGUAAGUGCACAAAAGGGCCUAUUGAGGAAUUUGGUAAAUGGUAAGUUUCUUGGUGGUGUGUUCCCCAUUGAAGUCGACAGUGAUUCACCGCAUAACCCUGGGUAUAUAAGCAGGGGCUUCCCGAGGACACGUCAGUCGAGGCUGGACUGUGGGGGUGAGCGCGUCAGCCGCCGCUGCGAACUUUUUACGAGGAUCGCGCUAUGGGAACUUUCGCGAACGAGGCAUACAAUGCUUCAACGGAGACCGCGGCCACUUGCGAGAUGAGGCGUCAAAUCACCGACGGAGGAUGAAGUUCAACAAAAACUUUACUUUAAAUCAAUUUAGAUGUCUUGAUGGUGUUUGCGGUACCGAUAAGACUUUAUUGCACGU